GGGAACGUUAAGAUGUUGAAAGGUCCCCGGCCGAGAGGGGCUGCGCGGACGCCAGGUCACCCGGCUAGAGGGGAGCAGGAUGGACAGAGCCGUCGGGGCCAGGAACCGAGGCUGGUAGGGAAGGAUGGACUCCCGGACCUGCCAGGACAGGCAGCCCAGUGACCCCCCCAGCAGCAGCAGCAGCAGCAAUUGUAGCAGCAACAAGAGUAGUUGUGAAAGGGAAAGGAUCCGGAGUCGGAUGAAAAUGGUGAUCGGGCAACUGGAAGGCAUUUUACAGGAGCUCAAGGAGGUGGCCAAGGAGCUCCGGGAGGUCGUGAGCCAGAUUGACCGACUGACGUCCGACUUUGAGUUCGAUCUGGAGCCCGACGACUGGACGACAGCGACGGCCAGCAGCACCUCCAGCAGCGAGAAGGGGGGAGGAACUUUCGAGCUGGGACCCCUC